UGGACAGGGAAAAGACCCUGCAGGGAAGGGCAGGGAGGGUGUGAGAGACGGGAAAAGAGGGGUGCAGGAGCAGAAGGCCGGCCCUGUGAGUCACACUGGAGAGUGAGAUGAGUUCUGGCAUUGAUCCACCCCCAGAUUCUCUCCCUAGGUGUGUUUGUGUGCCGUUCUCUCCUGUCAUGCUCAGAUGCGCUCAGAGGAUCUGGCUGGGCUGGGCUCAGGGUGCAGCUCAAAUUCCCCAGGCUCCCGGCAGUAGCCAUCCUGCCAUGGGUGCCUGCAGUGCCGCCGUCCUGUGCCUGCUGUUCUUCUGUGGGGCCCUGGGCCUCACCAUCCCACCUGCCCCCGCUCGGCUCCGCUGUUACACCUGCAGCUUUGCCAAGCCCUGCAACCCUGUUCCCGUGGAGUGUCAGGGUGACGAGGCUUGUGGCAUCAGCAUCGGCACCUCAGACCAGAAUGAGGUCAUCGAGCGGAAAGGCUGCCUCCCAAGGGUCCAGUGCCCUCUGCCCGGCAAUGCCACCUACUGGUCUCACUCCUACAUGCUGCGCCAUCAGUGCUGUGAACAGGACUUGUGCAACAUGGCCACCGCAACCCAGCAGCUCCCCAGCCUUCUGCUUGCCACCCUGGUCCUCCUGGUGACCAGCUUCACCUGGGGUGGCCGCCUCCUCCGCUAGCCUCACGUGUCUCUGCAGCCCUCGAGGCAGGGCCUGCGACCCCGGCACAGACACAUGAGAUUUUCCCAAGAACCUGAUUUUGUAUGAAGACUUCAGACUCCUGGGCCCAACAGCCCUGCAGAGUCCUGUGGGCACUGCUCAGGCCUCAGCGGGUAUCUGCCCAGAACCAGCCCCCAAAGGAACCCUCUCUCUGUCUUUUCUAGUUGCCUGGUACUGGUGUCCUAUCUCAGUCCUGGGUCCCUGGCAAGGUAGCCACUUUGAUGAGGGUGUGGGUCACUGGCAAGAGGGUAGAAGGGGCACUAGGAAUUGUGACGAGGAGAUUCUGGCUGGGAAAGAUGUAACUUGGUAAACUGGGAACUCAGGAAGGAGGGACUCAGCUUGGGAGCUAUAAAAAGUAGAUUUAAUAAAAGGGCCAUCUGGGAGCCUGGUGACACCGUA